CCCCGCCCCUCGCGGGGAGCGCCGGGAGCUGUAGUCGCGCCGCCGCGGAGCUCCCGGGCUGCGAGGCCGCCUGCGGCGCGGAGGGGCCGGGUCGGGCGGAACGCGCCGCUCUCGGUGCGGGCUCGUCUCGGAGCGCUCGGCCCCGCUCGCUGCCGGGGCGGCGAUGGAGGCGCCGUGGCGGCAGGGCGGCCGGGGCCGGGGCCGCGCCAGGCCCGGGGCCGAGAUGGCUGGGGCGGCCGCCCGGCCCCCGCCCGCCCGGGACCGCGGCGAGGGGGGCGGCGAAUCAAAUUCACAGAAGAAAUUUGAUGAAAUUAAGAAGGCUAAUCAGGCUGCAGCAAAAAAGCUAGUUGAAGACCAAUUUAGCUCCUCCUCCUCUGAUGAUGAUGAUGAUGAAGAUGAAGUUAAACAAGGAAAGAUUUUGGCAAAAACAUUUACCAUUUACGCCAGUCAAACCGAUGGAGGUGCAAGUGAACUGGAACGUACAAGACAGUACAUGAAUGAAGCUUUUCAGUCAGGGGCUAUGACAUGUCUGAUCUGCAUUGCUUCAGUUAAAAGGAACCAAGCUGUCUGGAGCUGUUGUGGAUGCUUCUGUAUAUUUCACCUGGUGUGUAUCCAGAAGUGGGCCAAGGACAGUCUUUUCCUUGUGUCUUCUCCCUUGACAGAUGAAGAUUUUGGGAAGAAAGAUUAUCCCUGGCCAUGUCCAAAAUGUAGGUUUGAAUACAAACGGUCUGAAACUCCCAGUAAGUAUUACUGUUACUGUGGAAAAGUGGAGAAUCCACCGCUGGACCCAUGGCUGGUACCUCACUCCUGUGGUCAGAUAUGUGAGAAGGAAUUCAAACCUUCUUGUGGUCAUAAAUGUUUGCUGCUUUGUCAUCCAGGGCCCUGUCCGCCUUGCCCAAAGAUGGUUCAAACCACCUGUCACUGUAAGAAGGCUAAGCCAGUAGCCCGAAGGUGCAGUGCCAAGGAAUGGUCGUGCUGUCUGCCGUGUGGACGAAUGUUGCUGUGUGGACAACACAGCUGUGAGAAUCCCUGUCAUGCAGGAGAUUGUCAGCCUUGUCCCCGAGUCAGUAAACAACGAUGCAUCUGUGGAAGGCAGACAGCAGAAAGACUUUGUGCAAGUCCUCAGUGGCAGUGUGAUCAGAUGUGUGGAAAACCUUUGUCUUGUGGUAAUCAUGUAUGUGAACAAGUUUGUCAUGCUGGUCUCUGUGGAGACUGUCCUCGUUCUGGGAAAAGGUCCUGUCCAUGUGAAAAAACAAAGUUUAUAUUGCCUUGUACAGAAGAUGUGCCCACUUGUGGUGAUAGUUGUGACAAAGUUCUGGAAUGUGGCAUUCAUAAAUGUUCACAGCGCUGUCAUCGGGGUCCCUGUGAAAUAUGCAGACAGGAAGUUGAAAAACAGUGUCGCUGUGGAAAGCACACUAAACGCAUGCCAUGUCAUAAGCCAUAUCUGUGUGAAACAAAGUGUACUAAAAUUCGUGAUUGCCAGAAGCACCAGUGUAGGAGAAAGUGCUGUCCUGGAAACUGUCCACCUUGUGAUCAAGUCUGUGGGCGGACUCUAGGCUGCAGAAAUCACAAAUGUCCUUCAGGCUGCCAUAGAGGUAGUUGUAAUCCGUGUCCAGAGACUGUAGAUGUGAAAUGUAAUUGUGGAAAAACUGUCAUUAAAGUGCCCUGUGGCAGAGAGCGUACCAUCAAACCUCCCAAAUGUAAACAGCUGUGCAGUCGACCACCUACCUGUCACCACUCUACCCAGGAGAAACACUAUUGUCACUUUGGUCGGUGUCCUCCAUGCCAUCAGUCUUGCCAGAAAAUGUUAACGUGUGGCCAUUUGUGCCCCGUUCCCUGCCACGAUGAAGCACUUGUGAAGCAAACUGGCUUACAUCAGUCUGCAGGUCCUUGGGAACAGCCAUCUGAGCCAGCUUUUAUUCAAACUGCAUUGCCGUGCCCUCCCUGUGAGGUUCCUAUACCAGUGGAGUGUCUUGGGCAACAUGAGGUUUGUCCAUUACCAUGUCACUCUGCAAGUCCUUAUUCAUGUAAAAGAUCUUGUGGACGUCUUCUUGAUUGUCAGAAUCACACCUGUAUGAAAGAAUGUCAUCACGUUACGAAAUUGAACACUAGUGCAAAUGGAAAGAAGGCAGGUCCAGAAUGUUCGCAGUGUGAAGAGGAGUGUACCAAGCCCCGGCCACCUGGCUGUCCUCACCGAUGUGUUUUGCCCUGUCAUCCUGGGGAUUGCCCGUCAUGUCUCCAGAUGCUUAAAAUAAAGUGUCACUGCAAACUAUCAGUACUGUAUAUUGAAUGCUUAAAACUAACAUGUGCUGAUUUAAAAGAAAAGGAGCUUCUUAUUUCCUGCAAAAAUCAGUGUCCAAAAGAGUUGCCUUGUGGUCACAGGUGUAAGGAGAUUUGCCAUUCAGGUAGCUGCCCUCUGAACUGCAGCCAGAAGGUUAAACUCCGAUGUCUCUGUAAGAGAUUGAAAAAGGAAAUACAGUGCAGCAAGAUACAAGAAGGCCAAGUUUUGCUGGAAUGCAAUGCGUUAUGCAAGGAAAUGAAACGGAAAGAAUCUGAGAUAAAAGAGGCAGAAGCCAAAGCUGCUAUUGAAGAAGAGAAACGAAGACAACAGGCUGAACUGGAAGCUUUUGAAAACAGAUUAAAGGGGCGAAGAAAGAAUAAGAGAAGAAAGGAUGAAGUAGAGGUUGAACAACCAUCAUGGCAGAAAUACAAGAACCUCAUUAUGCUGCCAGUGUUUGGAGUUGCUGUUGUGAUGGUUGCAUGGCUCAUGGUCUACAAUGACUAAAACAACUCAAUGUUUAAUAUACCUCAGUUGGGCUUUAGGUAGCUGUUAUUCCUAGAAUGUUAGUCUGUGUGUAACAGAACUUAAUACGCAUAGGUUAGGUAGGUAUACUACUUACCAAGAAAAGUGCAGAGGAGGAAAGAAGUGUCACCUUUUGUGUUACUACGUUCACAGCACAAAACUGAAUUCAGACACUGAAAGUCAGAGUAGGUUUUAGUCUAUACUGAAGUGCUGAUGUAGUUCAUCUUGCUGAGAUUCGUUAACAUCUCUUCUAUCAAUAUAUUGUGUUACUUUUCCUUGUCUCAUUAAUAUUAAAAAUAGUUUAGUAUAAAAUACUUUAUUGAAUAUUUGUUUCCUGUAAAAUCAGUUUAGUGGUUUAUUGAAGAUUAGCAUUCUUAUGCUAGUCUUUAUGUUGUCUUACACAAUAAUUCCUGUCCUUCAUGUCAGUUUUAGUUAUAACAACUAAUGGGAAAGUUCAGAUCACUUAGGAUUGAAUAUUCUGGGGCCUUAUGUCAGAAUUUUGUUCAGAGAAAGGAAAUGUGAACUCUCUUUCAAGUCAACUGUAUCACAAACAAUAAAAUGAGCCCCUUUACAGACUAUGGGGUUUGCUUUUUGAUUGCUUCCCUUCCCUCCCCUGCUUGUUUCCUCAAAAUCAGCUGAGUUGAAAAGUUCGUUUACUGGACAGAUGCAUAUGCUGAACAUGGAUGUGAAGUAGUUUAAGGGUGCAGGGAUGUGUUCUCAUUGCUGCCCCUAUCACCAACAGCAGAAAAGCAGUUUGGUAAUUGAAGUUCAAUGUAGAGCAUCACUUGAUUUGCAUAGAUACAUGUCACAUUUGAAUAUCUGCAAAGGUGUGCAAACACGUAAUUGAAUAGUGUAACAAUACAGUUACAUGUUAUUCUGAAGCCAUCUGGAUGGUGCUUGCUAAUCAUGUAUAAACUAUAGCUAAUCUUUUAAACGUUCAAAUAUUUCCUUGCUGACAACUUAGAAUACCUUGCUUUUGGGAUAUCAGUGUUGGUUUGUAGAACUGAAAAGUUUACUUAGCUUUAAGAUCAUUAGAGAAGCUACACUGUCUCAGCUGAGGGGCUGCAAGUUAGAUUUGUGGUUGGGGGAAUCAGAAAAAUGUUAAACCUCUGGAAAUUUUAUGCUGAUAUUUGACCAUUGUGGGUAACUAAAAAGUGCUUGCAGUAUCCUGUGAAAGAUAGGUACAAAGCCAAAGGGCAUUAGGUUGCCCUUGUAACUCAGGCAUAGAAUUUCACCACAAACGCUACAAAAGCAGUGGGACCGCUUUUGUGAAUUAGCAGAGAAGAUUACAGUUUGUUUGAAAGCUCUUCUAGCUGAUUGCGGCCAGCUUGUAAAGGGACCCAGUAUUAAUCUGAGCUGAUAUCCAAUUGUAAUUCUAGUUCACUGGCAGUAAAAAACCCAGAAGAGCUGGAAAAGUAGGUUUUAGAUUGCAUGGAUUGAGAAAAUCAGGGGAAAAUCACUUUCUUUGCAGUUUUCCACCUAAGUUUCAUGAAAGAGAAGAGAGGUAGGAAAAUACUGGAAAUAUUUAGCAUGUAUUGGUGCUAUUUGAUAGUAUUAUAUGGGGGUUUAAUUGAUUUUUAAAAAUCAGUCAAUUUCUGUCAUGAUGUGUCAGGUCAUUAGUAUGUAAAGUUUAGAAUUAAUUACUAUUUUGCACUAGGCAAUCAUAGUUGCAUCUCUGUUGAAUUCUCUUAUUUUCUAAUCUAAGGAAUAAACUGUUUUCCGUACUGUUACUUUCACUGUUUUCUAUAAUAUUAAUGCCUGGAAGAUAAUUCCAUGUGUAAGUAUUGUUUCUUUAACCAAGUAAGAUGAUGCUAUUACAUGAUGCUGAUACCAGUAACUCUCCUGUCACUGAGAGAAAAAGUUUUGUUCAGCUGAAAUAAAGUGUGAUGUAUUGUCCCAGAAAACACUUUUAUAACUGAGAUAUGCAGAUCAACAUGAGAUCAUUGUGGAAACAGCUUUUAUCUUACAUGACUACAACUAAUUUUUCUUUUUAUUGCUAGCUUUCUCUUUAAAACAAGUACAGUGUAGUUUUGCCUUGCCUGUAUGGCAAAGAGAAGAAAAUUCUCUGUACAGAGCUAUAAAAUGAACAGCACUUGAGUUAUAUGUUUGAUGUAGUUCUUAGUGUUCUUUUUUGUGUGUUUUGCAGCAUGUGUGCAGUAUUGGAGGGGAAAAGACUUGUUUCUCAUUGAUCAUCUUUAUUAUACUAAGAAAGCACACCAAUUUAAAAAUCCAUUACAUUCAUACAAAUGUGUGUAUGAGUAGGCAUAUUCCCCUUCUUAAAGGCUUUGUAUCUCCUGAAACUCGCAUAUGCAAGAUAUACCUAUUCUGGAAAUUGUAUUUAAAAUAGUUCUGUAUAUCUUAGCCAACCAUCUGAGUAAUUUGCUGUCUGUUGGUCUGCCUACUGAAUCAGAUAUUUGUUUCUUGGCAUAAAAAAGUGUGGGGGUUCCAGCAACCCGCAGUUUAACAAAUCACUGUUUUCUGUUUGGUUUUAAAAAUUAUUUUUACAGUUAAUUUUUUGCCCUUUUUUGGUUGCAGCUGCAUAUGGCAAGCAUGACAAACUUUGAUGUAAAAGGUCUAGAUAAAAAUCACCUGUUAGUAUACAUGAAAGAUGGUAAUUCUAGAAAGGAAAUCUUGAACUUAAGAUAGGGUUUUUUCAGUAUUUUAAAUGUAAAGUACUGUUAAAUAAUUUAAUGAGCAGAUAUUUUGAAUAAGUUUAUUUUAAAAAGGAUAUUGAUGAGUACAUAUACAACCAAAUUAUAUAAUCUGAUCUGCUGUUUAAGGGAAAUUUUAGAGAGAUAAGCCUGAUCAUGAGGAUAUUUAGCAUGCAGAAUAUGUGUAACGUGUAAAUGAAAGAACUUGAGGAGGCUUUUCCCAAUUCUGAAUGCAUUCUGGUGAGCAUUCAUCUUUCCACUGAACUAAGGUACUUACAAGAUGUCAAUAUAUUUUAGAUCAGAAGCUCCUUGGACAAGUUUGUUCCCUGUAACAACAACAAAGCUAUUGUGUCUGUUAAUUUAAUGUACAAACCAUGUCAGACAAUAAAUGCAUCAAAACUGACUUGAAAAAUUGUUUGUUCUCAAGGACCAGUGUAGUAAAGCAGCAAACUUCUCCUCAGUAAUGAUAACUGACAUGAUGCAGCAGAAGUUUUAGGUGUGCUUUUUGUUCCCCUCUUUGGUAGAGAUAGCUCUUACUGCUCUGAUUAAUGCUGGAAUUAUGUAAUCACGUUCCUUCGUGUUACUGCUCUGACAAAAUUAUUAGAAUGGGUCGGGGAAAUAGGUUCGGAUGAAACAAGUGGGAAUGACAGACAUUUUUUUUUUUUUUGCCUCAUAUGGGGAAAUAUAGUUGAUUUGUUAGAUAUUUGUCCUUAACUACUAGAGAAAGAAAUGUCACUAUGCAGUUAGCACCAAAAUUUCUUCCUAAAAGCUUUUGUGCUUGAUUGUGGCUUUAAAGCACUGAACUCUGAGUUUAUAAUCUUGGUAGUUCUGGCUCCAAAGUGUAUUUGCUAUGUGCCAGCUUUUCUAGGAGUGAUGAGCUCGUGUGUUGUGGAGUCAGAGCACAGAGAUGCUUGACCUGAAGAAUGUUCCUGUGCCAGGCAGUGGAAGUUUGAAGUGUAUGGCAGCCACUCUCUCGUGUGGGCUUUUGAGUGGAGUGUGCUUGCAUGGACAAUCCGUGAGUGGACCUGUCCACAAUUUUAUUUAGUUCAGAUAUCUCUCUUCUGCUUUGAUUUUAUUCCAUUACCUGUUGUUAUCUGUAGGCACUCAAGUCGCUCUUUUUUCUUCCUUUGUGAAUAUAAAUUUGUAUUUGUGUCUGCCCUUCUAGUUCAAUUAAAUCAAUCAAUCUCUCUAAGGGAUUAUAAAAUACUGUAGUGGUCUGUAUUUACUAGGAAGGGAAACACAAGGUAAAAAUGAGAGAAAAAAUCAAAUUAAGUCAAAUUAGCUAUAAUGAGACAUACUUGCUUCUUUCCACUAAUGGUUACAUGCUAAUGAAUUAUUUGGACUCUGCAUUAAAAUGUUUAUCUGCUGUGCUACCAGAAAACAAGUUCCUGGCAUGGAAAGCGCAUCAAUAUGAGCUCCAGGAUAUAUUAAAGUCAGUAAUAAGGCAGACCAAAUGGCAGCUGUCUAGAAAUAAGCCAUACUCUGAGGGCACUGUGGUUUAAUUCAACUGAGUAUUAUUUAAUCUAAAUAAUUGUUUCUCAUGCAGAUUUCCAUAAAAAUACCAACAAAACCAGGAUAGACUUGGGCUUUCUCUGUGCGUGGAACGCUGUGGCUAAAUCUUGCAGUUGUGACACUGCAAUUGGAAUGGCUCCCUACUUGAGAAAAUUAUGAGAUGAGGAGUCAGAAUUGAUUUGGUGUUUGGAAUUUGCAGUACUCCUGCUGAAGAGACAUUCUCUGUCCAAGUCUAAGUGGGCUUUGCAGUCUGAGCCAUAUAUUGCACCUCUUAGAUUUCAGUUUUCAUUUGUUCUUAGUGUAAUUUUUGACAGUGCUAACUAAUCUCUGUAAAAUAUGUAAUAAGCAAUGAAUUGUGGUUUGAUUUCUCUUUUUAUCAGCAUUGCAGCACGAUGUGUUGUUUUAGAUGAAGUAAUUUGAAAGUUUUUGCAUAAAUGAUCUGCUUCUGUCUCCUUCCAUGCUUUUCCUAUAAUUUGUGCAAUUGUUUUCAAAACAAAACCACUGCUUUCCUCUAAAGGGGACUUAGCUGGCUGAAAAAUAAAAUGCAGAACUGAAUUCCCAUGAGCAGGAUUUAUGUUCCGUGGCACUCCAGAAGAAGAGAGUGCCCAGCCCUGCCCCAUAAAGUUUGCACACAAACAAAAAGUGGCAGGUUUUAAAAGCCAGUGUAGAGGUAGUCAUCAUGUGGGAAGAGUCUUGCCACUAUGUCGGUAACGUGUGUCUGAAGGCCAUACCAGAAGUAUGGAAACAGAGAUAAUUGGAGAAAGAGCUGGAAAAGAAACUUACAAGAAGUGUUUGUAUCAGGCAUACAUCAGUUUUAUAUGAGAGCUAUCAUCCUUGCUGAUAGACAAGCUAGGUCACCAGGGAGAGAAAACAUGUUCAUGUUGAGAGGGUUGUACACGUUUUUGGGGUGUUAGUUCUGACUGCCACUUUGAUAGCAUGUGAGGAGCUCUGACACACGCACAAUAAAACGUAGAAGCCUUUCUGUCACGGAACUCAGUCGCGGUGCCGGUGACAGCUACCUGUGGCUCCUGGAAGGGCACAGAACUGCUGGUAACACCCGCUUCUGCCCAUAUUUUGUCCUGUUGACUUUAUCAUUCCUGGACAGCCCUUUGUAAGCAUCGUUAUGUACAUAGACCCAGGCUU